CCAAAAAAUACGAAAUUGAAUUAACAUUAGAGACAGGAGAGGAUAUCUUCUAUGGAGAAUGUCGUAUUACGAUUAUGAUUCUUAAGGCUACACAAAAUAUAAGCCUGCAUUCAGCAAAUUUGGAAAUAACUGAAGUCAUGUUAACUGGAAAGAUUGAUAAAUAUGUAAUAGUGGAUAAAGAACGUGAUAUUUCGUAUAUACACGAACUGCAAAUUGUCGUCUUGGAUUUCUCUGAAGUUCUACGUCCUGGUAAUUAUACUUUGAGCAUAAUGUAUAAAGGUGUUAUUGCUAAUGAUGGAGGUUUUGUCAAGGUCUCAUAUAUAAAUGCGAUAAGAGAAAAAAAAUGGCUGAUCGUAACAAAUAACUCAGCGAUAGGAAUGCGACGACUCUUUCCAUGUUGGGACGAACCCGGAUUAAAAGCUGAAUUUAUCAUUGCUGAAUUGUGA